CCCCAUUGGCGAGCCGGGGCUGGGUGCUGGCGCUCGGGCAGGUGCCGAGGCGCGGAGGUAAGCGAGGCCCGCGCCGGGUGCCUCGGGGCCGCGGCCCGCCCGGCUUUGUUCUCGGGCCCCCCCGGGCCUGGACCCCCGGCGCGGGCUGAGCCGGGACCCUCGGGGGCGCUCGCGGGGCAGCGACCUCCCCGGCUUGGCGCCGAGCGGCCGCAGCGCGGCGGGAGGCCCGGCCGCUCCGGGAUGGCGCGCGGGGCCGAGCCCCCCGACGGGGGCUGGGGCUGGAUGGUGGUGCUCGCGGCGUUCCUCCAGUCGGCGCUGGUCUUCGGGGUGCUCCGCUCCUUCGGCGUCUUCUUCGUGGAGUUCGUGGCGGCGUUCGGGGAGCAGGCGGCCGGCGUGUCCUGGAUCGCCUCCAUCGGCAUCGCCGUGCAGCAGUUCGGGAGCCCCGUAGGCAGUGCCCUGAGCACGAAGUGGGGGCCCAGGCCUGUGGUGAUGACUGGGGGCGUCUUGGCCGCGCUCGGGCUGCUGCUCGCCUCGUUUGCCACCUCCUUGACCCACCUCUACCUGAGCAUCGGGCUGCUGUCAGGCUCUGGCUGGGCCCUGACCUUCACUCCGACCCUCGCCUGCCUCUCCCGCUACUUCUCUCGGCGUCGAUCUCUGGCCAUGGGGCUGGCACUGACGGGCGUGGGCCUGUCUUCUUUUGCAUUCGCGCCCCUCUUCCAGUGGCUGAUCAACAGCUAUGCCUGGAGGGGCGCCCUCCUGCUGGUGUCCGCCCUGUCCCUGCACCUGCUGGCCUGCGGGGCUCUCCUCCGCCCGCUCUCCCUGACGGAAGAUACUGCUGUGGGCGGCCCCGGGGCCCAGCUCGCCUCCCUCCUCCGCCACGGCCCCUUCCUCCGCUACACUGCUGCCCUCACACUCAUCAACACCGGCUACUUCGUCCCCUACGUCCACCUGGUGGCCCACCUGCAGGACCUGGGCUGGGCCCCCCUGCCCGCUGCCUUCCUGCUCUCAGUGGCCGCUGUUUCUGACCUCGUAGGCCGCGUGGCAUCUGGUUGGCUGGGGGACGCUGUUCCGGGGCCCGUGGCUCGACUCCUGAUGCUCUGGACCACCCUGACUGGGGUGUCGCUGGCCCUGUUCCCCGUGGCUCAGGCUCCCACCACCCUGGUGGUUCUGGCUGUGGCCUACGGCUUCACAUCAGGGGCCCUGACCCCAGUGGCCUUUUCUGUGCUUCCUGAACUGGUGGGGACUGGACGGAUUUACUGUGGCCUGGGGCUGGUGCAGAUGAUCGAGAGCAUCGGGGGGCUACUGGGAGCCCCUCUAUCAGGCUACCUCCGGGAUGUGACUGGCAGCUACACAGCUUCCUUCGUGGUAGCUGGGGCCUUCCUUCUCGCAGGGAGCAGCGUUCUGGUCACUCUGCCCCGUUUCUUCUCCUGCAUCUCCGCGUCUACCUCCAGACCCCAGGACCUCGUAAGAGAGGCCCUGGGUACCAAAGUUCCCCUGCCCAAGGAGGAGGGCCUGGGAGAGGACUGAGUCAGGACCGGCUUGUCAGGCAAGCCCGAGCCUGACAGCGCCGGGUCUCCAGCCUCCUCAGGUGUCCCCAGCAGCACUGUGCCUUAGGAGCCUCCUCUGCCUCCCCCGGGGCAGGCCUAGACUCCUUCGAUGUGUGUGCCAACCCUCGGUACUUUGUUGAGGAUUCUCACGUCACCUCCUGUUCCGGAGGCUCCAGAUCUCGCUCCACUGAGUUCUCAAUCAAAUGUGAAAAUCUAAGGCCAAGAAUCUUCUCAUGUUUUUA